CAUGUGUGUGUGUUUACCUUAAAUACCUUUAUUCCCUUGCAUUCAUAGUUUACUACUUUAAUAAAAGGUUAAUAUUUAAUAUUUGUGGCGGAGUAAUGCAAUAGGGGCUGAAGCAUAAAAUAAUAAGGAUUAUUAUGUGCAAAAUGUCACAUUAUAAAAGAUUUAUAUUUUUCAUGUCUUCAGAAAAUUUGUUGCCCAUAAGAAAUUGCUUAUUAAAUUUACAUCAAAAUGCUUCGAAAAAUGCGUUAAAACUCAUAGAAGAAGCUUUCCUUCCACCAAAACCAAAGAGACCUGUAUCACCUUUUAUUUUGUAUGUGAAACAAAUUCAUCACCAUUUUACUGAAGAAGAACCUAAUAUAAAAUAUUCAGAUGUAUUAAAAAAAGCUUCUAAGCGAUGGGCAGUAUUAAAUCCUAUUGAAAAGGAACAUUUUCAAAAACAAUAUAGUGAAAAAUAUGAAGCAUAUACAAAGAAAUUACAGGAAUAUAAUAAUUCUAUUACUAAGGAACAAAAGCAAUUGUGGGAAGAAAAAAAGAAAGAAUACGAACAAACUAGUAUAGGAAUAAAUAAUAAACGGAUGCAUGAAAUAUUCGGGAAACCAAAAAAACCAUCAAAUGCAUACUUAUCUUAUGUGAUGUCAAAGAAAAGUGAAAAAGAUCCAAAUAUAUCAUUUAAGAAUUGGAUGAAGUGUAUGGCGAUACGAUGGAAGGAAUUGUCAAAUGAAGAGAAAGAACCAUAUGUUGAUCAGGCUAUUCACUUACUGGCACAGUAUAAAAUAGAUUUAGAGAAAUGGGAGAUGGAAAUGAUACGCUCAGGUCAUCCUGAUAUUGUAAGAGCUAAAACCUUAAUGAAAUACAACCUUGCUAGAGGAGAACAAUAAGAAUAAAAUUAAU